AUGGAAGGAGAAGAUGUUGACUGGUUUGCUGCUAUCAAACUUCCCUCAGACGUUGACGCAGCGAAAGGUUUUAGCUUUGUCUACUUUGAUUCACAGUCAGGCGGAUGGACGCAGAGCACAUUACCCAUCAGCGAUAAAAAAUCUGCAAUUGGAGCCACACUCAGUCAGCUUUAUAAAAUUAACAAGAAAAUGUUCGCGAUCGCCUAUAAUGAUGACAGCCCAGAUGGACCGGUGGACAGUGGUCGAGCUCACAGUAAAGGUGUGGCCGUAUUUGACCAUAAAUUUGGAUUCUGGAUGGUACAUAGCGUGCCGAAUUUCCCACCUUCUAAGGUACUGCAGAAUGGUAAGCAGAAGGGAAGAAGUGAAAAAACGCAAGAAGGGGUUGCAGAUUAUUAA